AUGCACUCCAAGAACAUCGCCCUCGUUUUUGCCCUCACCCUCUCCACUCUCACCGAAGCAAGCCCUGUGGCACCAAAUGCCAGAUUUGCUCUCAAAGAAAGAGACCAAGAAUCGACCAAAGCCAUUGUCGCCAGAGAGCCUUUCAAGUUUGGUAAAAUCCUCAAAGGUGCCGGCUCACUCCUAGGUUUUGCGGGUUUUGCUCUUCCGUUUCUCUCGCAAUCUGUGCCUACCAUCGAGGUUCCAAGCAAUGUCACUGUCCCAUGCAACAUGACUGCCUCAAGCAAUGUCACCGCAUCACAUUUCAGAAAGCACGGGGGCCAUGGAAAGAAGAACCAUACCAGACCUUUCACAAAGCCAUUCCGUCCGGGCCACAAAAAGCACAACGAUACCACGCUGAGCCCCAUCAAAAUUUACCAUCCUUCACUUGCUGUCAGAGAACCCAAAUUCAAGUUUGGAAAGAUCGCUAAAGGUGCCGGUGCACUUCUUGGUCUCAGUGCUCUCUUACCAUUUUUGUCAGGGAAUAUGGGAGCCCAAUCUCUUGAUGGUGAUGCUUCACCAUCCAACUCAACCGCUGCCAUUAACGGUACACGCACACACAACCACCGCAGAAGUGACGAGAGCAAUCUCAUGCUCGCUGCUUUCCGCGAUGACAUUAUCAUUGCUGAUCCAAUUGUUAUGAUGUCACCUUCCGUCGGAAGCUCUGUCAGCAUUAAACUCGAUUGCGGAGAUAUUCUUGUAACUCUUCUCCAACAGCAAGCUUUUACUUGCAGCUUCGGGUUGCCAGCCGAUAUGCCAGCGGGAACUUUGACUGGUCAGAACCCAGGAAAGGCCGUGUCUUUCGAGGUUCCUGGUGCCUGCAAGGGUACCGAUUUUGGAGUUGUGAACACCUGCAAGGAUUGUGCUGCACCGGCGAUUGUUGACUGCCAUGGAACAGUUGGUGCUUCGGCGAACCAGGUCGAGCUUUGUGUCAAUGGAUCAGAUUUGGCCGAAUGCUAA